CGUAGAUAGAAGCCAGCUGACAGUCAAUGAAAAGUUUUCCGAUGUGGACAACGACGUUAAGACAACCCACUCAGUUUGUAGCAAAGUCGCUAACUGGUUCCCGAAGUGGCGUAAGCAGCCAGCCCUUUCAUACCUUCUUGGCAAUUAUCUUUUAAUCCUGACGACUCUCUCGUCACGUUGCUGUUUAAUGGCUUAGAGAUCCCCUCAAAACCAGUGGCUUUACCGAUGAAGUCUUCAAGCAGCCAUUAUGAUAUGAAGUUAUGAGAUAAGUUUCAAUUUUUUUUCUUUCUUUCAUCAACGUCCUCCAAAUUUGCUCGAGCCCCCGAAUUUGUGAGUUAAACAGAGCGCCAUGUAUGGACGGGCCGAGCCACGUCAGCAACCUGGAUAUGCCUGUGAAGAAUGCCGUAAGAAGAAGCUUCGGUGCGACAGGCAGCGUCCACAAUGCGGUGCUUGCGCAAAUGCCCAAAUUCCGUGCGAAGUGAACGACCGUCGCGUACCUCGCGGCCCCAAGAAAGGGAGCAUAGGUGCUCUCCGUAGUCGUAUCGUAGCACUAGAGCGUCGUCUCUCUACAUCACAAAACGAGGACGGCGAUGGACACGAGCUCGGUUUGACGACCGAAUCUCCAGAAAAAGAGAAUGUUACGGCCCAGUUUCCUUUACCGGACUGGGACAUACACCAACAUGAACAUCCACCGGUCAAUCCGAUACCUCUAGCUUGGGGACCACCAGAGGGCGUGCCCCAUUCUCCGCUACUGUUCCCUGAUGUGCCGGUCGUGCCUACCAUCGCAGCAUCAUAUCCAUCGCCGAAACAAAGUCCGGCUUCUAUCGGCGAUGCUUUUUUACCAGAUCUCGCAAAAGCUGAUUUGAUACAACUCUACUUUGACCGUGUUCAUCCAAUCAUCCCAAUCCUAAACCAGCCGAAAACUUUUAGAUGGAUGAGCGAUGGGCAUAAUAUGAGCGAGGCACGCCAAUGUCUACAAUAUGCCAUGUGGACAUCGGCUACCGCCUUCUCGAGCCAGUUUGGCGGGUUUCAGGAGACUAUGUACGCCAAGACUCGGUUUAUGCUUGAUCAGCUGGAUUUGAAUGGCAAUGACGCUUUGGUCUGCCAUAUAGAACAUGUUCAAGCGUGGAUUCUGAUCACUUUCUAUGAGUUUUCCAGAACGAAUUACCGUCGCGGUUGGAUUAGUGCCGGCCGAGUAUUUCGUUUGGUGCAACUUUUAAGGCUCUACGACCUUGAUAGACCCAAACCCCUGGGACCGGAGCACGAGGAAGACCCGAUAUCGACCGAAGAGAAAAGGCGCACUUUUUGGGUGGCUUAUUGCCUUGACCGGUUUAUCAGCGUCAGCGAAGGCGCGCCUAUGACAUUAAGUGAGGAGGUGGUCUACACACGUCUUCCAUGCCUGGAUAUUGAUUUCCAGAGGGGUCUCGUACCACAGGAGUGCUUCCUAGCAGAGACCAUGUCUUCGGCAGAAAUAAGACCUUAUGCGCCACUAGCGGAAUGCGUUAUCCUGGUCACAAUCUGCAGUCGAGCGCUCUCCCAUAAGCAAAUAUAUACGAUAGAAACACUGUACAGCAACAUCCCCCUCGAUUUCUCUUCGAGACACGAUUGGUUAGACGGAAUGCUUACGCGCCGGCUUAAUAAUCUCCAAGUCAACUACCCCUCGAUGACCGUAGCUGAGAACCCCAUGAUUAUAUUCUCAUAUAUGGUCGCUCACGCGGCUGUCAUAUAUCUGUGCCGGGUUGUCGAGUCAUUAUCAAGAAACGACCAAAACCAAUCCUUGAUCUGGGAAAUCCAAGAGCGAGGGCUUUGGGCAGCUCAAGAGAUUGCUCGACUGGCGAAGGAACACGAACACCAUGGCUACUUCAAGGCACACACAUUUAUGCCUCUUACGAUCUACCUAAGCGCAACUAGACUUGCAAAGCACCUAGAAGUCCGGAAAGACGAGCUGGAAACCAACCAGGCUCGGGAUAUAGAGAAUUCGCUCCACGUCUCCGUCGAGGCAUUACAGAAGCUUCAGUCGGUGAACAAUCUCGCCAACUAUUACUUACAACUUCUGUAGCCAUAUUUACCGGCUUACUGCCCUGGAUUGACUACCUAGAUAAUAUAGUAAAAUGCGCUUCAUCGCUAUUUUAAGACAAACAAAUUUGGAAUUGGUAUAUCUCCGUUGGAGCACAUGCGAGUAUGCAAGCAAAAUCAAUUAGCAUCAUUAUCCAUAGAAUUAAAUUCCGGAGAUCCAUAAACUAAGAUCUAAAUAAAUAUGGUAGUCGUUCGUCUACCUAUUUAACAAAAG